ACCAAGACCAGCCCACCUCGAGAAUGGAGACUAUUGUUACAAGAACAUGACUUUGAUGCUACCACUGGCUGGUUUGUUAAAUUUCUGGUUCAUGUUGCAUCUGGAUUCGUCUAGUCUUUCUACAUCCAGAACAGAUUGGCUACAUUUCUCAAUGGACGAGCUAGACUUUGCCUCCGGGAUCAUAUAAGAUCAGCUAUUCUCCCUCCUCAUGGCAUUCUGAGUUUCAUUCAGCAGCGACGACAUUCCCUCUUCGGUCCAGUAGAUCGAGUUUAUACUAUCCUUCUGUACAUUCGUCAGCGUGAUUCAUUCCUUCACAUCAUGCAUUCUACUUCUAUACUUGGCUUCUUCGGAGGCUUACUUCUAUCCUUACCUACUGCUUAUGCAGGCUUCAGUUCAUCUUCUUCGACAAAUGUCGCUGUGUACUGGGGACAGAAUUCUUACGGUCAAGGGACUGGAUCUCUUGCACAGCAAAGACUUUCAUAUUAUUGUGCCAACUCCGAUUUCAAUAUCAUCCCACUAGCCUUCCUUAUCACAAUAGCAGAUCCUUCUUUGAACUUUGCAAAUGCUGGCAACAACUGUACUGCCAUUUCAGGAUCUAACUUAUUCUCUUGCCCUCAACUUGAAGAGGACAUCGCCACUUGCCAGAGCACUUACGGCAAAACCAUCCUUCUCUCCGUCGGAGGCUCAACCUACACCGAAGGAGGUUUCUCCACCUCCGCCGCUGCCGUCUCUGCUGCUACCAACAUCUGGUCCAUCUUCGGCCCAAACACCGGUGCCAACGUCCCCCGCCCCUUCGGCGACUCUGUCAUCGACGGCUUCGACUUCGACUUCGAAAGCACCGUCUCCAACAUGCCGGCCUUCGCCAACCAACUGCGCUCCCUGAUGACCACCUCCACCGCCUCGACCGGCAAACAAUACCUCCUCACCGCCGCCCCGCAAUGCCCGUACCCGGACUCGGCCGACAACCCCAUGCUCGCCGGCACCGUCUCCUUCGACGCCAUCUGGGUGCAAUUCUACAACAACUACUGCGGCCUGAACUCCUACGUGUCCGGCACCACCACGCAGAACAACUUCAACUUCGCGACCUGGGAUAAUUGGGCGAAGACCGUGUCCCUGAACCCCAACGUCAAGGUCUUCCUCGGCAUCCCGGGCAACACGGGCGCCGCGGGCUCGGGCUACGAGUCCGGCAGCACGCUCGCGUCCAUUAUCGCUUACUCGAAGACGUUUUCGAGUUUUGGUGGGGUCAUGAUUUGGGAUAUGAGUCAGGUGUAUGCGAAUUCGGGGUUCUUGGCGAGCGUGGCGAGUGAUUUGGGGCAAGCUGCUGCUACGACGACGACGGGGACGGUGGUGAAGACGACGACGACGGCGACGACGUUGAGUACGGUGACGACGAAGAGUAGUACCACGACGACGACGAGUAGUGCGGUGAGUACGACGACGGGGACGGUGAACCAGUGGAAUCAGUGUGGUGGGGAGGGGUGGACGGGGGGAACGGUUUGUGUGGCGCCGUAUGUGUGCACGUAUCUUAGUGUUUGGUAUUCGCAGUGUGAGUAGAGCAUUUGGGGAAAAAGGGGGAAGUCACUCGUUUGUAUGUUGGUUUUGUUGGUUUACCUUUCGAUUGUAUAUAGCUUUGAGGUGGGGGGAUGAGGGGUUGUUUCUUGUGUAUAUGGUUUUGCAUUGGUAUUUAGGUAGGUUGUGCAUCAGUCAACAAGCUUCAUUCGUUCGCUUGCAAUGUGGUCAUGCUGUGUGGUGAGGAUUAUGUUUUAGGGUUUCGUUGAAGUAAGUGCUUUGAAUGUUCGAGUCGCGUCAG